AAAAUUGUUAAAUCGUGAACCUCGUGUGGAAUAUCGGCUACAGUGAGAUCCCUUAUAAAAUGGAAAAAUAUCUGCCCAUGACCUACCCAAUAAGAACAGAGAGUUGGAAUCUGGUGAAAGUCAGCCACUGUUCACACCAACGGACAUUAUUCGACGGUGACGAUGGAACCGGCGUCGUCCUCGUCCUCAUCGGAGCACCACCGAAGCUACUGGCGGUGGAGCAAGUGCGACUUCUUCCCCGAGAAGUCAUUCGAGAACGGGAAAUCCUACCGCGCAGCCCUGGCCGCCACGUGUCCGCGCCUCAAGGACCGGCUCCUGAACCGGUCGAGCGACGCGCACGAGCUCCUGGUGCUCCCACGCACCAGCGAGCACCGCAUGAAUCGCUGCCUCACGUGGUGGGAUCUGACCUGGCUGGCCUUCGGGUCCGUGGUGGGUUCCGGCAUCUUCGUGGUCACCGGGCAGGAGGCCCGCCUCCACGCCGGCCCUGCCAUCGUCCUAUCCUACGCCGCCUCCGGCUUCUCGGCCCUCCUCUCCGCCCUCUGCUACACCGAGUUCGCCGUCGACAUCCCCGUCGCCGGCGGCUCCUUCUCCUUCCUCCGCAUCGAGCUCGGUGACUUCCUCGCCUUCGUGGCGGCCGGCAACAUUCUCCUCGAAGCCCUCGUCGGUGCUGCCGGCCUCGGGCGCUCCUGGUCCUCGUACUUCGCCAGCAUGGUCAAAUCCGACCCCGACUUCUUCCGAAUCCACGUCCCCUCCUUCAAACCCGGGUUCGACAUGCUCGAUCCUCUCGCCGUCGCUGUUCUCCUCAUCGCCAAUGGCAUCGCCGUCAGCGGCACUCGCAGAACCUCCCUCUUAACCUGGCUCACUUCCGUCAUCACCGUCUUCAUCAUCGCCUUCAUCAUCGUAGUCGGCUUCGUCCACGGAAAAGCCUCCAACUUGACGCCGUUUCUCCCUUACGGCGUCGACGGCGUCUUCAACGCCGCCGCAGUAGUGUAUUGGUCCUACUCCGGUUUCGACAUGGUUGCCACCAUGGCGGAAGAAACAAAGAACCCUUCGAGGGAUAUCCCUAUUGGCUUAGUUGGAUCAUUGUCGAUGAUUACUGUUAUUUACUGCUUGAUGGCAUUAUCCCUUGUGACUAUGGUUAAUUACACCCAGAUUGACGUUGAUGCAGCUUAUUCUGUAGCUUUUGUUCAAAUUGGAAUGAGUUGGGCUAAGUACCUUGUGAGCCUUUGUGCCUUGAAGGGAAUGACUACUAGCUUGCUUGUUGGGUCAAUGGGGCAAGCUAGGUACACUACUCAGAUUGCAAGGUCGCACAUGAUCCCACCCUUUUUCGCAUUGGUUCACCCGAAAACCGGAACCCCUGUGAAUGCCACUCUCUUGACCACUAUUAGUAGCUCUGUCAUCGCUCUUUUCUCAAGCUUGGAUGUUUUGUCUAGUGUUUUUUCUAUCAGCACCCUUUUCAUUUUCAUGCUCAUGGCCGUUGCGUUGCUUGUGAGGAGAUAUUAUGUGAGGGAGAGUACUGCCAAGAGUGACUUGGUCAGAGUUCUUGUGUGCUUGUUUGUUAUUAUUGGUUCUUCUGUUGUUGGUGCUGCACUUUGGCACUCAGGGAAGCUGGGUUGGAUCGGUUACACUGUUGCUGCUUGUGUUUGGUUUUUGGGCACUUUGGGAAUGAGUUUUCUUCCUAAGCAGAGGGCUCCUAAGGUGUGGGGGGUUCCCUUGGUUCCGUGGCUGCCCUCAUUGUCCGUUGCCACGAACCUCUUUCUCAUGGGAUCCUUGAGUUCUGAGGCUUAUUGGAGGUUCUUAAUUUGCACUGCUGUUAUGUUUGUGUACUAUUUUUUUGUGGCUGUACAUGCAACUUAUGAUGUGGACCAUCAAGAUAACGGUCUAGAAGGAAAGAAUGAUGAAGGAGUGGGAGAUAAUAAUACCAAUCAAGGGGUGAUAUAGAGAGUUUCCAAGAACAAUUCCUUGUUACUGCUAGCUGCUUAAUAAUGUUGCUAUUGCAUAAUUGUAUAGAUGCAUCAUUUAAGAUUUCAUGGUUUUGUGAGGCUCUGGGCAUAAUGUUCUCUGCUCAGCAUUGAAUUGAAAUUAGCCUGUCGGUGACAAUGCUGGUUGUAUUGGGUUCUCUUUUGUGUGGACAUUAGUGUGUGAUUUGAUACCAUAAUGUUGUCAUAUGUUUGAACCCGUGCAACACACGGGAUUUAAGUUAUUUUUAGAUUUUUACAUAGGUGAAGAAUUUUAUAUUCUUAUAAUAAAAAUAUGUUAGAUAAUGUGUAUAAGAUGCAAACUUCCUUUGAGGAUGUUAAAAUGAUGUUUUAGUUUCAGUUUCA